AUGGACGGCUCUAACGCCAUCGCGAUCACCACCGCAGGUAGCGACAGUGCGAUUAGCAAGAAUGACGCUUCGCCAGCAGCGUCAGCAGCGUCAGCGAAGAAACCCGCGCCGAAGCGCUACGUGCGCUCGCAGAUCCCGAGGGAGAUCUUAGAAGAUCCCGCGCUGCUCGCCGCCAUGUCCGUUCUGCCGCCCAAUUACAACCUCGAGGUUACCAUUCAGUUCACAGCAGCGAUCCACGCAGCCAAAGCGAGCAUCAUCAUUCCUUGCCAAGUCUUCCCCUCUCCCCAUUUCUUUGCCAGCAACCGCCCCCGUCCCGACACACUGCCGCCGCGCCGUGCCCCCUCCUCCCCUGCCUUUCCUCUUCCCCCAGGCACCAUUUAUUUCACAACUGCAACUGCUGUACAUGCGGCCAGACCGGCCCUCUCAAGCCACUUCAGAGGCAUCACGGUGCCUCAGGCCAAGCCGCUGUCCGGAGGGGAGGUGUUCGGAAGCACCUCUCCCUCGCUCUCCUUCCCAUUCACAGCAGCAGUGCAUGCAGCCAAAGCAGCCCUGUCUGGCCAUUUCAGAGCCAUCUCGGUGCCUCAGGCCAAGCCUUUAUCGGGGGGAGAGGUGCUUGGAUGCACUGCCCCCUCCCUCUCUCCCUCGUUCAAGGGAGCCGCAGCAACAGGCGGAGGAGCAGGAGGAGGAGCAGGGGUAACAACAGGAGGAGGAGGAUCAGGAGCAGGAGCAGCAGCAGCGGGGGCAUCAGGAUCUGGUCCAGAUGCGCUCGUGUUUGUUUCAGAUGGUCGGUUUCACCUCGAAGCAAUGAUGAUUGCAAACCCCACCCUCCCAGCAUUUCGCUACGACCCGUAUGCCCGCUCCCUCACUCGCGAGCGCUACGACCAUUCAGGCAUGCGAAACGCGCGGCGGCUGGCGGUUACCCGGGCGAGCAGGGUGCGGGGGAAGCGGUGGGGUGUUGUGCAGGGUACCCUUGGUCACCAGGGUAACCCGCGCACUGUAGACCACUGCGUGAGGAGGAUCCGCGCUGCGGGCGGCACGCCGGUGGUGUUUCUUGUCUCGGAGCUGACUCCGGAAAAGGUGGCGGCUGUGGGGGUGGGGUCUGGCGGGAUGGCUAGGUCGGGUCCGACAGAUGCUGCUGGUGACGUGGCAGGAGCCUGUGCUGGUGACAUGGCAGGACCUGGUGCUGACGUUGCAGGAACAGUAGGCGACGUGGAUAGGGCCCUCGGUGAGCUGUCAAUAGGAGGAGGAAGCAUUAAGCAGGACAGCAUAAUAAGCUUCGACAAGGAGAGUGGGCGAGGGACGGGCAUAGAUGCAUGGGUGCAGGUGGCAUGUCCGAGACUGUCCAUAGACUGGGGGGAGGCCUUUACUGCCCCCAUGCUCACUCCCUAUGAGCUUGAGGUUGCACUGGGGUUCGCUUCCCCCUGGUGGGGAGGCUGCUUCUGUGACAGUGACUCUAACGUCCAGGGGGGUUGUAACGAAGGUGAUUGUAUCGAGCGUGGUUGUGGAAGUGGUGCUACAGGAGAUGGAAAUGGGUCGCAAGAGGACCAGCUGCAACGGUGCAAGCAGUGCGGAGCUUGUAAAGGGGAUAAGAGGGAGAGGGUGUACCCCAUGGAUCACUAUGCCAGGGAUGGCGGCCCUUGGAAUGCUUCCUACAUGCCUAAAAGAGCUGCUAGCACGCGCAUCGACUACAGCAAAUGGGACCACCUCGAGGCCAGCAGCGACCAAGAGGAGGAGUUUCAGGAGGAGGAGGAUGACGAGGAAGAGGAGGAAAAGGAAAAGGACGACGAGGAGGAGGAGUUGGUGGAGUACAGGUUGGGAGAGGACCUGAAGUGGGAGGUUGUUGGAAGGAGUCGCAGAGGGAAGGCGAAGGCCGAGGCAGUUGCUUCUGGCACCUCGGCGAUCGGUCACACUGGUGGCCUUUGCUCCUCCUCUCCUACUGGCGACGGUAACAGCCCAGGAGAACUCCGAUUGAGCGCAGCACGCAGCAGCAAGGAGGAGGAAACAGCCGUGGAGAAAGGGAGCAAGAAACACGAGGAAAUAGAGCUGAAGCCACAGGCGGCGUCAUCAUCAGCUGCAGCAGCCAAGCCAGGGAAGGCCAAGGGCGAAGCGAAACGGCCAGAGGAAGAGGAGGGAGUUCAUCGGUCAGCAGGUGCUUCGAAACGACCAGAGGAGGAGAAGGGUGUCCGGCUGCUGGAUCGGACGGACAUGGUUCACUAUCUAGACGUGAGGAACGGCUGGGAUUUAGCUGCCUGCGAGCCGUGCUUCGAUCGUGUAGUCUCCCGCCGGACAAAGCUCGCCCUGGGGAUUCACAGCCGGAGGGACUUCCGCUCAACCCUCCGGCGGCACGUGAAAGAAUCCAUUUCCCUCGUGCCACCAGCCAAUCAGGCGUCGGCAGCAGCCCAGAAGGCAAAGGCACGGGCGAUUGAAGAGUUCUCCUCGAAAGUACCUCUGCCGGAGGGGGCGCUGGGAGGGGGGCAAGGGGUGCAGUCCUCUCGUGAGCGGUACAAAUGGAAGUGCGAGCGGGCGGCGGGGGUUUGUGCAGAGGCGAUGGUGCUAGAGUGGAUGGCUGAGCCGCGUGUGGGUUUGAUGAUGGACCUUGGGAGGAUCAGAUCCCGCCUGCCAGGGGUAAUGCGUGAGCUAGGGGCGGUCAGGCAGGGGAAGGAGGAUCAGUUAGCCUCCCUGCUGGUGCAGGUGCUUGGGGUGAAGGAGGCUGGUGAGCUCAAGGAGGGGUUUGGGUUUUUCAUGCAGAACUUGCUGUCAGGGGGGGUGAGGGAGCGUGGGGAGGGGGAGAGGAAAGCAGGGGCAGGGGCGGGGAGGGGGGUUGGGGAGCAGGCGGGAGGGGAGGGAUGGCGGAUGUUUGAGGAGAUGAUGGGGAUGAUGCGCAUGAUGGGCGCGAGUGAUGCUCCCACAGCGGCGGAUGUGAUGACGUGGAUGCGGCAUGUCAUGGGCGUGGACGGAGAGGAGGAGGGGGGCGGCACGGUGCGCAAGCAGGGCGAGGUGUUCUGUAUGGACGCUGAGAGUGCGAGCAAGGCACGCGUGGAAGAUGCUGCGAUGGAGGAGGCGAGGGAGAGGCUUGUCAGAGAGAAGGUGGGAAGGGAGGUGCAGGUGGGAGUGGGAGGUGCCAUAGAUGAUACAGCAGCUGCAUCGUCGGUCGUUAACAACACAACCCCGCUGCUCACCGACCCACCCGCCCCUUCCCUCGACCCUGUCAACACGAACCCGAUCGUCUCAGCAAUGGCGUAUCGGGUCGGCUGUAUCCUGCAGUGGGUGCGAAUCUACGGCUCAGAUUUAAUCUCAGCUAGGAGGUGCAUCAAGAACAGCCCGCACGGCAGAAUCCUGCCAAUGCGCCACCCGCUUCGGGACCUUCCGAGCCUGCUGGUCAGGCUCGGUGCCAUCCCCAAGCCUGUGCCUUGGAAGCAUUUUGAUUCGGAGUGGGAGGAGUGGCCACGUGGUGAGGAAGAUACAGUGAAGCUUCCUGACGAUCAUAGCGUGCGUUGUUUCCAUUUGGGGAUUGUGGAGAAGGCGGGGGCAGGAGAUCAGGAGAACAGGGGAAGCAGCAAGAGAGGUGACAGGGGAAGUGGCACGUGGAGCGGUGGGGGGAGCGGCGGGAAGCGUGGCAAGGGACGUGGCAGGGGGAGUGGCGAUAAGGGGGGAGGGGGAGCGCACCCCGCCAGAGCACCACCACCACCUCAAAACAAUGCUCUGCCCAUCGUGCGCUGCGCAGCAGACGCUCAUUUCCUGGUGGAGUUCGCCGGGCAUCAGGUCUACCCCCCUGCGUGCGCCCGCUGCCGCUCGUGCCUCGAUCAAUUCACCUACUACAUCCCCUUCCUCACCCUCCUCGCCAAUUUCGCCUACCGCCCCGCCACCGUCCUCCUCAACCGCUUCCUCUCCGUCUUUCCCCCCUGUUCGCCGGAAUUCGCUAAGCUCGUGGACCUUCUUCUGUUAGAGCCGUUCCCUCGGGGGACCUGUGCGGCAUUCCAGGUGCACGUGGUGAGGGAGAGAGCGGAGGAGCUUCCCGUUCACUUUUUGCUCAACGUGGCUCUGAACUGGCCGAAUGCGAUGCUGCAGGUCGAGGAGAUUGGGAUGGUCGGUCGGGACGAGUGGAAGGGGGAGCUGCUGGGGGGGGCGGACGGGAGGAAGGCAGGGAGAAGGACGCGUGGGGGUGGUGGGGGAGGGAGAGGAGAGGAAGGGGGGGAGGAGGAGGAUGAUGGGGAGGUGUGGGAGGAGGUGAAGGACUGGGGCUUUGCGGUGCUGAUUGCGUGGAGGACGGAUGCGAUGACCGAUCUGAUCGACGACUGCAGAAGAGGCAGCAGCAGCGGGGGGCCGCCACGCAAGUGCAGCAAGGACGUGGCGACAGAGCUGUGCAACAGGUGCCUGGAGUCAAGGGCAGUGCAGGCCCCGGGAGUUCCAAAAAGCGUGUGUGCGGUGCUGCAGGGUGCGGCGUGGUGGAAGGCGGUGGGGUGA